UGGAGAGCUCAGCUGUGCAGCGUUGUGUUGUAGUAAUAGACAUAGCAAAAUACGCUCUCACAUGGAAUCUCCAGUGUUCAGUCCCAAGCAAAGACGAAAAUAUGUUUGGGGAUUUAAGACUUAACACAACAUUGUUGCAUGUUUUGUGUAAACUCACAUUCAUACAGGUCCCUCCUUUUCCUCUGGGACAUAUCCAUUCUCCUGUUUCCAGUAGAAAGAUAGCUGCAAAGAUCCUCAAAAACACAAGAACAAGCUGGGGGAGAUAUGGCUUUGGAAUGGUUAAUUUCCACCCUCCCUUCCUCUCGCUCUGGGAUUUGACAUCACACCGCAGCUGCAGCCAAUCGUCUUGUUCGUCCUGCCCCCUCACUGCUCUUCUUUUCCACCUCCUGCCAUUGGCACGUUAUAUACCACACACAGACCAGUUAGGAUAGUGUUCAGUGUGCUGCUGCUGCUGAUUCACAAUGCAGAGCACGGUAACACAGGACAGCAGAAAGAGACAGGGGCUGUGAGUGGAUUUCUCUCUUUCGCGAUCUUGCACCUCUUGCUUUCUUAGGUCUAGGCUUUGUCUAUUUUUUGUGAAACCAGCGCUGGCUUCCAAGAGCAGCAGAGGCAGUCCCUCUGCAGCGAGGUUUUAGCCCCACAGCUCUCCAACUUUUAAGAUGGGCUGCACCACGGGGCACCUGGCUUGCCAGCCCCAGCCCCCUGGCGCUCUCAGCCAGGAGGGCCAAUCUCAGGAGGGCACAGCCAAAGUCCCAGAGGUUCUGUCUUCUCUAGAAAGACUCUCACAGGCUACAGGGGGCAUGGAGAAAUCCUGGUACCGCUGCAUCUUCCCUUUCGGCAUUAUCUCGCUGGUGAUCGGGGUGGCUGGCACCAGUGUAACCUACACCUACAAUGACCUCCCUCAGACUAAAGUGGUGUCUGUGGUUCUGCUGAUUGUUGGACUGGUUCUGGUGCUGAUGGCCACUGCCUGCUGGACAGCCCACAAGAAGAAACGCAGGAAAAAGAAGGAAGGAGGUCCCUUUACUGGCGAGCAGUGUCCUCUUUGAGCAGAGAUCCAAUCGAGGAAGACACUCUGGAUUGGGAGUACAGGGGAGGCUCUUAGCCCUGAAAAAGCCACCUCAUCUUCUUUAAACAUUUUUUGGUCCACUUGUUCACUCAGGUAGCAUGAAUGCUCAAAGAGUGCAGAUGGACACUGUGUUCAGAACACCACCCCAGGGAGCAGUGGAGCCCACCGGACAGGCUUGAGGGUUUGCCGGAGUCACACACACAGUUUACUGCUACUCAGCAGGUGUCUAGUAUCAAAACAACUCCGAAGAGAACACACACAAUUGUGCACACCCACACAGGACACUUAACACUCGUGGUCUGAAACACCAUGUCAUUGCUGGAGCCACUGCUGCCGUCAACACCGCUGUCAGUCCCUGGCAUUCCUGCCAUCAGGCCAUGUGGCUACUCCUCACCAGUACCAAAGAAGUGGGCCAGAGAGGGCAACUGGACACCGCGUCGAAAGAGGAGUGCAGCCCCGUCACCAUCGCACGUCAUUCUCCUGUCCUGUGACACCGUAGCAAUGUGUGAGCUUUUUUACGCAACAGGAGAGUGGAACCUGAGAUGAGGGCCCACUAGUCCUUACUGGCAGCUGUGGAUGAGGAGGGGGGGGGGCAUGGGCUGGAGGGGUCGGAAAUGUAUGUGAGUGUAUCUUUGUGUCAGAAGUAGACAAGUGUGAGGCCAGGAAGAUGGAAGAGAGCGAGCAUGACACCUGCUCUCUGUCCUCAUCCUCUGUCAGAGUUUGCAGAUGUCAGAUAGAGUGCUUUGUGGGUCUGGUGUAUUUUCAACAGACUCAUUUUUUCUCUACCAAAACUCACUUUGUUUGCAUGCACCUUUCUCUGGUUAUUAACUCUCAGGAUCUGCAAGAACAGCAUACAGAGCUGCUUUGUGAGGAAAACGACCAAGGAGGACUAUAAUAGGGACAUAGCUCUAGUGACAAACCCAUGGCCCAAAGCCCUGUUGUUCAGCAUUUGAAAAAGGGAGUCUUGUCUCCAGAGACAAGACUUCAUUUCCUCCCUCACAGAGAAAUGGGAUUACUGGAGGAAAUACGAGAAAAAAACACCCACAGGGGGACACCAGAUGUCAGAACUUUCAUCAGAGUUUCCUCCCAUUCAGUGCCUUGAGCAAACGGGACUCAAGUAUGUACAGUAUUUUCUUACCCCGAUUUCUCUGUCUUCUCUCUCUACAAACCUGUCAGCCAGUGUCAGCAUUUCCAUUCAAGCUAAGCCCCAUUACUGUGUCAUUACAGACCUGAGGGGGGAACUGUUCCAUGCUGCCCCCCUCCUAUGCCCCUAUCUUCCACUCUCCCAGCUCAUAAACCCCUUCAGCAUUACCAUUGCCCCAGCCUGGCCCCCGCAAUGGCUGCAUUUCACAUCCAUCUUCGUGUCGGAAAUACAGAUCAUUAUACAAUGUCUGGGAUUCUCUCCAUUUGGAGAGAGAAUUACCUCCGACUGCUCAGUUGUAGACCAAUAAAAGGAUCAGAGUAAUGGAGUCGACAGGUUUGUCACAGCAUUGGCUUUUCCUAGCCAUCAGUACAGUAUUUUCUGUAGUCUCUGCCUUUGAAUCAGAGAAUUGGUUUGUGAACUCUUGUGAAUGCUGUUCAUGUGUUUUGGACAUUGGAAAAAUAUGUGUCAAAGCCUCUUACUUUACAGAUGAAAAUAUUUGGCAGGGAGGUGGUUGUACACUGGGUAACCUAAUUUGUUUGCCCAUAUGGUUGGUUAGAAAAGAGUUCCCUUGAGUAAUUUGAGACCAGUACUAAGAAGAAUCUUGUCUGCUAUGUGUGGAGUGAUGGUCCAGAUAGAGGAUAAUGCUCUAAUCCUGGAGUGAAACAUUAUUGAUCAGGCUGAAAUUGAUUCCAUGAAACAGUGGAUCUGGUGCUUAAAACCUUCUUGCCUGUACAGCAAAAGAAACAAAAUUCAGUGGACAAAAAGGAUGAUAAGAAUAGCAUUAAGAGAAACAGAACCUUGAUAGGCGAUACUUGAAAAGACAGUUGGUUGUGUUUUUUUUUGUUGAGCUGUUUAUGGUUCUUCUCUUUUAUUAGGAGUGGUUCAUGCUGACAAGUGCCUCAGUUGACUCUGUAGAAUGUGUCUUAUAGAAAAGUAUGUUCACUUGGUGGCCAUCUUGGCAAUGCUACUAGACAGUUAUUUCCAGUCAUGCAAAACCAGACCCCAUGUCUCUGACAAACAUCUUAUAAAAAACCUGAUAAAAAAAUCUUAUAAAUUGCUUGUAGCUUUGGGCUCAAAUAAUGCAAUUGGGUUGUUCUAGCUACUGUGCUUGAGCAGAUCCCGAUAAUGAGGGGGGCCAUCCCUGCUAAUAGUUUUACAAGCAAGCCGAUCAACUUUUUUUUUUGAAGGGCAGGACUUUUCCUGUAAACAGACGCCGUGUUGAGUGUUAUGAGCUUUCCCAUUCACAUUUUAAACAGCCACCUGUCUCCUCCUUCAUAAUGUCUCUGAUGUGUCAUAUGUUUAAGCCGUUAUAAACUAGGUUUGAUAAAGUAGGUUGUGAUUUCAUGGUUUCCAUGAAAUUAAUUACAAGGGAUUGUACCUUUAGUCACGUCACUAUUUUGGUCUCAAAUGUAGUGCCUUUGUUGGAUGUAAAUUCUGUAAUAUAUUUAACGCUGCCUUCACAUUUUAUUAUAUCUGAAUGUCUGACUUCAACAGACCAACUCUUCUUUCUCCUCGGGAGUGAUGUAUAUGCACAGAAUGUCUCUUAAGCUCCAAAUAUUCACAAGAAAGUCUCUGAAUGUUGGACUGUACACUGUUUAAAGGGGUACUCCGGCCAAUGUUUAAAAUGUAACCAUUGCUACAUCUGUUGAAA